AUGACCCACGGCGAAGAAACGAAAGAGAUCAGCAAGGAGAUCGAGGACACGGAUACGAAGGAGCUCGAAAAGGAAUUAAGAGCAAUGCAAAGAGCUCUCCGCUUAGGUUUAAGGGAUGAUCGGAGCCUAGCUAACAAGCUAUAUUCAGCUUAUAAAAACGUGCCAAAGACGAUUAUUGCACGAAUGAACCCUGCUUUUACUUUAACCGCCGCAGUUGCUAAUAUUCGCCGAGCAAUUGCGUUUGCAACUAAAAGCUUACGACUUCCCGCCAAACCUCAAGCAAAGCUGAUUCCGACGAUCUUAAGGACGAGUACGAGUGCUUUAUUCAAGGCUGCCAAUAAGAGGGAGAAAACUGCAACCACUUCGCAAAUUAACGGGUAA